UUCGCGUCCGCAACAGCAACUUGUUAGUUGCUUAUACAAGCUCUCAAGCCACUCACAUAAACAAAUGUGCCAGUAAAUAUACUUAAACGGUUUCAAAGUUUAUAUUAAGUUCAAAAUGACCAACAAUGAUGUGCGAAAGAGAAAGCUAACUAGCGAAGACAAAGUGCCACAUGGUGCGAGGCGCAAAAGCAGUAGCUUAAAUAGCAAUGGACGUGGAACAACUAGCGGACUCAAGUUAUCAUUUCUUUGCUUAGUGAUCUGUGUGGUGCUGCUACUUUUUGUCUUUGGUGUGUAUCAUUUGUAUUUUGCCAAUACACCCCCUACUGUUACAAUGCAUGCAUCUGAAUCAACUAAACCCUUUACAUUUCCCACUGUUACUGUUAAAUUUCAUGAAUCGCCGCAUAUUGAUAUCCAUUCGACACGCCCACCAACCAACACAAAAUCGCAAACGACACAUGAACAAAACGAACAUGCUGAUAAACACGCAGGCUUUGUAUCGGAUAAUGCCAGUCCAUAUCUGGCCCAUCUGGCCAGCAAGCUGGGCUAUAGCAAAGUGCAAUAUGCCGCGAUUAUUGAUGCGGGCUCUACAGGCAGUCGUGUGUUGGCCUACAAGUUUAAUCGCAGCUUUUUAGACAACAAGCUAGUGCUCUAUGAAGAACUCUUUAAGGAGCGCAAGCCGGGACUGAGCUCUUUCGCUGAUAAUCCAGCUGAUGGGGCACACUCCAUCAAGCUACUGCUUGAUGAGGCGCGCGCAUUUAUACCCAAGGAGCAUUGGUCAUCUACGCCGCUAGUGCUUAAAGCCACAGCAGGACUGCGUUUGUUACCACAAAGCAAGGCGGAAAAUCUGCUUAAUGCCGUGCGAGAUUUGUUUGCCAAAUCCGAAUUCAGCGUGGACAUUGAUGCUGUGGAGAUUAUGGAUGGCACUGAUGAAGGCAUCUUUAGCUGGUUCACUGUUAACUUCUUACUGGGUCGUCUGUCUAAGACCAAUCAAGCUGCUGCCCUGGAUCUGGGCGGUGGUAGCACACAGGUGACCUUCUCGCCCACAGACCCAGAGCAGGUGCCUGUCUAUGACAAGUUUAUGCAUGAGGUGGUCACAUCCAAUAAGAAGAUCAAUGUUUUCACGCACAGCUAUCUAGGUCUGGGCCUAAUGGCUGCACGUCAUGCUGUAUUUACCAAGGGUUACAGCGCUGAAGACACAAUCGUGGAGAGCAUUUGCGUCAAUCCCAUUAUAGCCAAUCGUACGUGGACUUAUGCAAAUGUCAAGUACCAAGUAAGUGGCAAGGAAAAUAGCAAAUCCACCGCAGAGCAGCCUGUUGUGGACUUUGAGAGUUGCCUCGAGCUAGUCAAAAGCAAAGUAAUGCCAUUGGUUAAACCAAAACCAUUUACGCUUAAACAGCACGCCGUGGCUGCCUUCAGCUACUACUUUGAACGUGCUAUAGAAUCGGGACUGGUGGAUCCAACGGCAGGCGGUGAAACGACCGUAGAGGCGUAUCGCAAAAAGGCGCAGGAAAUUUGUGCCAUACCCAAUGAUGAACAACCAUUCAUGUGCUUUGACUUAACCUUCAUAUCAGUGCUCUUGCGCGAAGGAUUUGGCCUCAACGACAGCAAGAAAGUUAAGCUUUAUAAAAAGAUCGAUGGUCAUGAAAUCUCUUGGGCUUUGGGCUGUGCAUACAAUGUCUUGACCAGCGACGAGAAAUUCAAUAAUUCCUAGAGUGUAGUUCAAAACUUAGCAGAAAAUUGUUUCUAUAGUGCCUUAGAGAAGCAUCGAAGUAUACUACACACACACA